AUGGAUAAAGAUUUAAUAUUGGCACAAUUAUUAGAGUUUGGAUAUGACCCAGUUGUUGCUCAAACAGCAUUAGAGCAAACAAAUUGGAAAGAUAUUGAUAAAGCAAUCGAUUAUAUAUAUACACAUUUCGGUGAAGGUAUGAAUAAAGCAGCAACUGCAAUGGAAUACACACAAAAUAAAAAUAAUUCAACAACUAAACCAACCUCAACACAAGCACCAAUUUCAAGAAGUAAUAGUAAAUUAAAAACAUCUGGAAAAAGAAUAAAAAGUUCAAUUACAAUCUCUACUGGAUCUGAAGAAUAUAACAGUGAUAAUGAAUAUGAAGAUUACGAUGAAGAAAAUGAAUAUUAUCAAGAUGUUGAUGACUAUGAAUUUGAUAUCGCUGUUGUUGAUGCAUUCCCAAAAACCAAUACAGUCAUUCAAGCAGUUGAUAUCGUUAAAACUGCACUCUCUGAAAUUGAUAAAAUUGCAUCCAUCACAGAAACUUCACCAUCUGCUGCAACUUUAUUAUUAUGUCAUUUUCAAUGGAAUGGUAAUAAAUUAUUAGAAAGAUAUUAUGAAGAUCCAGAAAAGGUGAUAGCACAAGCUGGUAUUAAAAAGAUUGAUCAAUUUUUUACACAUCAAAAUGUAAAAGGUGAAAGUUGUAGUGUUUGUGCUGAUGAUUUGGAUUCAUUGAAUGGUAGUUAUUUACCAUGUAAACAUUAUUCAUGUAAUGAUUGUUGGAAUCAAUAUCUUUCAUUAAAAGUACUUGAAGGUGGAGCAACUAGUAUCACAUGUAUGGGACUUAAAUGUCCAAGUGUAAUUCCAGAUGAGUUUAUAAAUUUGGUAGCACCAACUGUCUAUCCAAAAUAUUUAGAAAGAUUAGCCCAAACCUAUGUAGAUCAAAACCCAAAUAUGAGAUGGUGUCCAGCUCCAAAAUGUGGUAAUGCACUCAAAGCUGAUAGUCAAACUGAAGCAACCGCUCUUUGUUCUUGUGGUUUCAAAAUUUGUUUCAAAUGUAAACAAGAAUCUCAUUUUCCAGCAGAUUGUGAAAAAAUGAAACAUUGGAAAAAGAAAUGUGAAGAUGAUUCUGAAACUGCAAAUUGGAUUUCUACAAAUACUCAAGAUUGUCCAAAAUGUCAUUCAGCAAUUGAAAAGAAUGGUGGUUGUAUGCAUAUGACAUGUAAAAAAUGUAAACAUGAAUUUUGUUGGAUUUGUUUAGGUAAUUGGAUUGGUCAUUCAAAUUGUAAUAGUUAUAAAAAAGAAGAAAAUUCUAAUAAAUCAGAGAGUAAGAAACAAUUGGAGAGAUAUUUAUUUUAUUUCCAUCGUUUCAAUACACAUGAACAAGCAAAGAAAUUUGAAACUAAACUUAGAACAGCAGCUUUAGAAACAAUCAUCUCUUUCCAAAAUAAAACUGAUAAACGUUGGAUUGAUAUCAAAUUUGUAGAGACUUCAACUGAAAUCCUCAUUCAAUGUCGUAGAACUCUUAAAUAUACUUAUGUAUAUGGUUAUUUCAUGGAAGAUGGUCCAGAGAAAAAUCUUUUUGAAUACAUUCAAAGUGAUCUUGAAAAAACUACUGAACAACUCUCAUUCCUUCUCUCACAAGCCCAUCAAGAUUUAAAGAUUUUCGAUCUUAAAGAAAUGACUAAUUUAGCUUCAACAAAAUUAAAACAUCUUUUAGAAGGUGUUGAGGAUGGUUUCAUUAAUCAAUAA